AUGAUCAAUGACCUUAAAACUGAAGUUUUUGACAAAACAAACUACAUUGAUAGGUUGAAGCGGGAAAAGCAAACUCUACUGGAUGAGGCGGAAUAUUCAGAAGAUCGAUUGGUUCGUGAAAAUAGCGCCCUUAAACAGAGGCUGUCUCAGUUGGCAAGAAAUUCGCUAGAACAAGUAACCAACGCUCCAAGGAAACUUGCUUCUUCAUCAAUUCAAACUCUUUUUCAAGAGGAAAUUCUGCUUCAGAAUGACUCUCAGACUGAUCCUUGCCUUGCGGGCAGCUCUGAUGAGAAACAACAAGCCCUCAUGAUUGAAAUAGCCGAAAUUACGAAUCUCAAUAAACAAAUGGCUACUUCAAUUGAGACCCUUGAUAAUGAGAAUCGAUUUCUUUCGAACGAGCUGGAAGACUUGAAGGAACAACUUGCCUGUUUACAUGUUUCCCAUGGGAAGCCGAGCGGGGUACCCUCUUUAAGCAGGGAACAAAACAUUUUUUUGGGAAAUUGUAAACAAAGAAAGAAGGUAACUGAGAGUUCAAACGAAAACUUGACAAAGUUGAGCGAACAAUUUAAGGCUUCAAAUGAUAACCUGGAGAAAAAUCUAGUAGAAACAAAGAAUCAGCUGAUCGAAGAACAAAAAUCAUCCUUACAACUUAAAACUCAGCUCCAUCAAGAUAUAUUAAAAAAAGAAGAAGACAUAAGGACACUUAGAGAAAAUGAAAGUCGCUAUCUGCGGGAAAUAGCAGAACAAAAAAACCAGAACACAAAGCUGGAAAAUAAAAAUAAGGAACUUCUGCAGCAAACUGAAAAAAUACAAAUAAAUCAAUUAAACCAAACAAAUCAAUACACGCCAGAAAACGGCUGCGAGAUCUCAAAUUUAAAAGCCACCAUAAAAAACCUGGAAGACAAAAUCAAGGACAUCGAUGGCAAAAGGAAAAUAGAACGUCAAGCAUAUAGCGAGGAUAUAGCAAAAUACAGAGAAGAUAUAGCUAAGCUUAACCAGAAAAUUGAAAGUCUAAUUCUAACAAAUACAAACAUAAAUGAAACAGCCAAGACACUUAGGAACAAUGCUAAAAAUUUCAAAAAUAAUACAACUGGAAACAAAACCAACCAACUAAACUCCGAUUCCAACGAAAAAAUAGUAGAAGCUGAUAAACAAAUAGUUCCUAUGCUGGUAAAUGAGCGAAAAAGAAAGGCUCAAAUACUAAUAUUGACAGGAAAAAAUGGAUAUAACUAUGGCAAAGUUUGCAAGAAAAUCUCUGAAAACAAAUACGACAUAAACUGUCAAUAUGCAACGAGCAACAUGAAUGGAGAUAUACUGGAACAUCAUGAAAAACUGUCGCAGCGUCUAGAUAUGAAUGACUUCAAGAUUAUUUUCACACACUCGGAAAACGCAAGACGUGGAAAGCAAAUAAAGGAAGAUGUGAUAAAAUUGGUAAUUGAAUCUUCAAAAAAUACAAACCUCAUAUUUAUUGGUGCACCUUAUGUGCCAGAUAGGCCAAUUCUAAAUGGGUUCAUAAACAAACAGAAUCAAGAUAUACAAAACUGCGUAAAGACGAGAAACGCUACCUAUAUCGACAUCAACAGGGUGAUUAAACCAUUUAACAUUGAUAACAAUGACGAAUUGGACUAUCGUGGCAAAGAAAUAGUGAUAAACUCAAACAGAUGUAUUUCUAACCUAACUCCCGACUUAAAAACUACUUAG